AUGUUGCUGCUAGUGGACUGCUCCAGCUGUCGGACGCCGCUUCACCUCCCUCCCGGAGCCACCCGAAUUCGCUGCUCCGUUUGCCACGCCUUCACUCUCGUCGCUCCCGAGCCCCGUCUCCAAUCUCAUCCCCACGCGCCGCCGAGCCCUCUUCCUUUCCCCAACUCAAUUCCGACACCAUCACAUUCCGUCUACCCGCCACCGGCACCGCUCAAUCACGUGCCAGCGCCUUCUCAUUCCGUCUACCCGCCACCGUCACCGCCUCCGUUUAAUCACGCGCCGUCGGCCCCACCUCCAUUCAGUCACGAACCGCUGUCUCCGUUCGAUCAUUCUCCGCCGGCAUCGUAUCCGGUCAUUCACGCGUCGACAGAACUGUAUCCGUAUAACCACGCGCCGCCAGCACCGUUUCCGUAUGAUCACGCGCCACCGGGGCCACCACCUCCUGUACAUGGACAGAAGCGAGCGGUGAUCGUCGGGGUGUCUUAUAAGAACACGAAGGACGAAUUGAAAGGAUGUAUCAAUGACGCAAACUGUAUGAAGUUCAUGUUGAUGAAGCGUUUCCAUUUCCCGGAAUCUUGCAUUCUUAUGCUCACAGAAGAAGAAACGGACCCAUUGAGAUGGCCGACGAAGAACAACAUAACAAUGGCAAUGCAUUGGCUAGUUUUAGGCUGCAAAGCGGGAGAUUCCCUCGUCUUCCAUUUCUCCGGUCAUGGCAACAACCAGAUGGACAACAACGGCGACGAGGUCGAUGGCUUUGACGAGACUCUUCUUCCUGUUGACCACGCGACCUCUGGUGUCAUCGUUGACGACGAGAUCAAUGCUACAAUCGUAAGGCCUCUCCCAUACGGAGUCAAGCUCCAUGCCAUCGUCGACGCUUGUCAUAGCGGUACCGUCAUGGACUUACCCUAUCUUUGUAGAAUGGACAGACUCGGGAAAUAUGAUUGGGAAGACCAUCGGCCUCCAUCAGGCAUGUGGAAAGGUACGAGUGGCGGAGAAGUCUUCUCCUUCACGGGCUGCGAUGAUGACCAGACCUCAGCUGACACUCCGCAACUGUCAGGGAGUGCGUGGACGGGGGCGAUGACGUAUGCAUUCAUCCAAGCCAUAGAACGUGGUCACGGGACGACUUACGGGAGCUUAUUGAAUGCAAUGAGAUCAACGGUUCACGAGAUCUUCGACAAAAACAAAGGUAGAGAGCUUAUCGAAGUGGAAGGCGCUGAUCUUCUCACUACUCUUCUUGGUUUGCUCAUCUUAGGCGCUGCUCCUCCUGAGGACGAGGAAGUAAACCAGGCCCCACAAAAAACUCAGAUAUGUUGGUGUGUUGGAAUGCUACCACAGGAACCACAAUUGAGCGCUAACGAGCCAUUUGCUGUGUACGGGAAGCCCUUCUCUCUAUAA